UCUUUUUUUUUUUUUUUUCUUUCAAGCACAUGCUGCUCAGUUCGCUGCGCGUCGCCCCGUCCGUCGUGUCUGCGGCGGUGGUCUCGCGCCCUGUCGCAGCCGCAGCCGCAUCGACAUCCGCAACCGCCCUCAGCAAGGCGCCCGCCAAACCAGCAGCAGCAGGAGCAGCAGCAGCAGCAGCAGCAGCAGCAAAGGGAGCCAAAGCCAGCAAGGCGACCGCCGGCAAGAAGUCUGCUGCCCAGGCUGCCGCAGCAGCAGCGACAGCAGCAACUGCGGCAGCUGUCGUGCAGACGCCCUUCAAGCCCAGCAAGCUCGGCUGGUUUGACCCGGCUCGCCAGACGCUGAUCGACGCUGUGAAAUCCUCACCCGCAGCUCCCUCUUCUACCACCAGUACGGCCGCCACUACUCCCACUGCUCCUAGCAAACAAACGGACAAGAAACUCUCUGCAUCGGCCGUCGCCCGCAGGGAGGCCUCCACGACGAUCUGGCCGGCUGCGUUGAACGCAAUCCCGCGCGGCGCCCCACAGACGAGCCAGCGCGUGCUCUCCGCGCCAAACCGCGCAGACUACCGCAACCCAGUCACAUACACGGACAGCGUCAACCACAACCCAUACAUUUCUGCCAAGCAGGUCAAGGAGCUUCAUGCAAGCUUGGUUGGUAAGUUUAGCGUGGCUCCGACAACGUCUCGCGAGCUGCCAGUGUACGCAAAAUUCGCGUCUGCGCGCUCCCGCACGAGCACCUAUGUUCGCCGCGUUUCCGGCGACGUGCGAGCAUUCGCUCGAUUCCUGUCUGCUGCUCUGCAAGUUCCUGCAAACUAUGUUCAGUUGCAUCCGACGGCCAACGAGACUGUGAUUGUGAAAGGUCACUUUGUCGAGCAAGUGAAGCGCGUCCUCAGCGUGAUUGCCCAGCCCCAGCCAUCUGCUAAGCCCCAACCAUCUGUAUAAUCACCUGUUAUUUGGCUCUAGUUUUGUCUUUGGUGUUGUACUCGUCAAUACAUGGCUGUGUUUUGCGA